AUGGGUCUGUCGAUUGAACAGCAGGGCCGAGCGGCAAAGGCCUACAUUAUUCAACAGCUUCGAAAGAGUGACGAUGGAUCCGCGGUACUCAAAGAUCGUGACUUUAUGCAACGAUUCGAGGAGAAUUUCAUGACAAUCUUCGGCAUCUUCGCCGAGCUUUACGGCUAUCGCUUCGAUUGCUUGGACCAAUUGGCAGAGGUCAUCCUCGUCUGUUGUCGAAGCUGGAAAGGACGCCCGGACGAUCUUAAACAAAUCGACAAGCAGAGAGAGCUUGAUCCAGACUGGUACCUUUCGAGCCAAAUGCUGGGGGGUGUAUGCUAUGUCGAUCGAUAUGCUCAGGGUCUCGAAGGUAUCAAAGCCAAGAUCCCAUAUUUUCAAGAGCUAGGCCUUACGUAUUUACAUCUCAUGCCACUAUUCUUGAGGCCGAAGCCCUUUUCGGACGGAGGAUACGCCGUGUCAAGCUACAGAGAGAUCGAGCCGGAGCUGGGGACCAUCGAGCAAUUGAGAGACCUUGCUACCGAACUGCGGAAAGUAGGCAUUAGCCUGGUGGUCGACCUGAUCUUCAACCAUACUUCGAAUGAGCAUGACUGGGCCAAGAAAGCUGCCAAAGGUGAUCCUGAGCAUUCAGCAAUGUAUUGGAUCUUUCCAGAUCGAAGCGUUCCCUCAGCCUUUGAGGCCAGCACAAGAGAGAUCUUUCCUGAUGAUCACCCAGGCUCUUUCAUUCAAUUACCUGACGGUCGCUACAUCUGGUCAACAUUCUACCGCUUUCAGUGGGAUCUCAACUACUCCAACCCCAAUGUGUUCCGUGCCAUGGCCGGUGAAAUGCUCUAUCUUGCCAAUAUUGGCAUUGACUUGUUCAGAAUGGACGCCGUGGCCUUCAUGUGGAAGCAGAUCAACACUGACUGUGAGAAUCUACCGGAAGUCCACAAGCUUCUGCGAGCCUUCAAUGCCCUGUGUCGAUUAGCUGCUCCUUCCGUGCUCUUCAAGUCCGAAGCCAUCGUGCAUCCUGAUUUCGUAGCCCAAUACAUUGACCGCUCCGAAUGCCAGCUAUCGUACAACCCCUUACAGAUGGCCUUGACCUGGGAAGCGCUAGCCACUCGCGACGCCUCAAUGCUCUCCCAAGCGAUCGAGCGAAGACACAACAUCGCCCGAGGCUGUGCGUGGGUAAAUUACGUCCGCUCUCACGACGAUAUCGGCUGGACCUUCUCCGACGAAGACGCCCUCGAACUAGGAAAACAAGGCACCAACCACCGAAAAUUCCUCAAUGCGUUCUACGUCAGUCGACACCCUGGCAGCUUCGCCCGCGGCGUACCAUUCCAAGAUAACCCAAAGACCGGCGACUGCCGCAUCUCCGGCACCACAGCCUCCCUCGCUGGUCUCGAAUCCGGUCAAGAAGGCGCCCUCGAUCGAAUCUUGCUCGCAUACUCCAUCGCCAUGAGCACCGGUGGCAUUCCCCUGAUAUACCUUGGCGACGAAGUCGGCCAGCUCAACGACUACAGCUACAUGAACGACCCGGCCAAGAUGGAUGACAGUCGAUGGGUAAAUCGGCCCCCCUAUCCCGAGCAGAACUACGCCGAAAGGCAUGACAAAAACACCAUCCCCGGCCAGCUGUACGCCGGCAUGCAGCACCUGAUCCGACUUCGUAAAUCAACGCCCGAGCUCGCCGGUGGCAGAGCAGUCGGCUUCUACACCGCCAACCCUGCUGUGCUGGGUUAUCAGAGACCCGGGCCCACUUCGACGGUGCUGUGUCUGGUCAAUUUCUCGGAUGAGAGGCAGUGGGUAGGCAGGGAGAGAUUGAUGCAGCUGCCGGAGGAAGUCAUGGAUCUGGUGUCCGGGUAUAUGAUCGAGUUGAGACAGGCAGGUAUCCAUAUGAGGUCGCAUCAGUAUAUGUGGUUGAGGUAUUGA